AAAAUACAGCAUGCCAAAUGUUCCUGACUUUGAAACAUUGUUUGUACAAACACAAGAGUUUAUCUUGUCAUGUAAUGGAGAACAUGUACGAUAUGCUACAGACAGUUAUGCAGAUUUAUGUCACAAGUUUACACAUAACCUUGUCGAGAGGAAGCAGGGUGGGCUUAUGAUUCCAAAAAAAUUUUUAUGUUACUACUUUAUGGGGUAUGAUCUACCAGCAUUUAAAAAAUUUGAGAGAGCCCCUCUUUCUGAAAUUGUAAUUUCAGAAACACAGUUUUUUUUUGAUUUAUUUAUUCGGGAAAAAAACUUGGGGCUUGUAAAACAGUGUUUAACAUCCAUCUAUAAGAAAAAUAUACAGAGAUUAACAAAGACAUUUUUGACACUGUCACUGACUGACAUGGCUAACAGAGUGAAGUUAUCUGGACCAAAAGAAGCAGAAAAAUAUGUUCUCCAUAUGAUGCAGAAAUGUAUACAGUUGGAUGCCAAGCUUAAAGAGAUGGAUAAUGAGAUAGCAGUAAAUCCUCAAUAUGUUCAGAAGAGUUCCGGAAAUCAUGAAGAUGAUAUUCCUGGAAGUUCAAAAAUGCAGACAUACUGAUGAUAUAUACAUGUGCUCUAUGGAGAAGUUAAUUCAAAGUGCUGUCAAACUGUUGCCAUGAACAAACAUCAUGUUUAAAUUUUCUCAGUGUCCGACCAGCAGGUUUAAAAAAUCAACUGGAAUAUGAAUAGAUGCAGUAUUGUAUUGACUAUAUUGUAUAGAGGCAGUAUUUAUACAUAUGCUGUAGGAAUAAUGGAUUUAUGCCAAAAUAGAUUAAAAGGGCUCAAAAAUCACACGAAAAGAAGGCUAGGUACUUAACUAUUCUUUUUGUACCUAGAGAAGUUUAAAGACGGAUUUUUUGGCAUAUUUUUUUUAUUUUGGUCAUGAAAUUCUGUUCCGCUAUACAAUAUUAAUUUCUAUUGCUAAUAAAAAGCUGAAAGAAGUUUGACCCUGGUACAUAUUUAUUAAAGUAUAUUUGAGAUUUAUUCAGUACAUGCUUUCAGUCGCUGAUUACUUUGUUGUCAAUAAAAUCAUGACCACAUU